AUGCCUGUCACCUGGCCACAGUGGGUAUUUGUAGUCGUCAAUGUCGUUUCUCUCCCACUAUAUCUCUUAAUUAUUAUUGUAUGCAUUAAAGAAUGGAAGUAUAAUCAACUACAACGAACUUUUUACCUGCUCUUAAUAUCUCAGGGUUUCGUAGACAUACUGGUUAUGAGUAAUUACAUGUUCUUCGGUGUACUCCGUGCAUCACAAUUAUUCAACAGUUUCUAUUGGUCUAUGCGACACAGCUAUCUACCGACUUGGACCUUUAAUCAGCUUUAUAUAUCGAUAUUCCUGCGAUGCUUUGGUGUACUGUUGAUGUCUUUUCAACGAUAUAUUACCAUGUGCAAGAACGGUAGUCAUAUCGAGCAGAUCAUCAACGUUUCUCAUAGAUGGGUGUUGGUGGUUUUGCACUGGUCAAUACCAUUGCUAUAUGCCCUUCCACUUCUCAUCAUCAGUAGUGCUACCUUCAGAACGGAAGAGACUUUAGAAUUAUUAGCCGUGAAGGAGCACAUAACGCUCGGCACUUCUAUGGCCGCUUUUUUCGUCUCUACGACUUUUAUUUUUUGUAGCGUAUGCUAUGGUGCUAUUCUGAAAUUUCUAAUCAAAAAUCGUUACAGCAGUAGCAGUGCUGUGAAACGAGAGGGCCGACUUUAUGUACAGAUGCUAGGGUUGUUCGUCGGUUUCCUGUUCUUUUUCGUUUUCAACAUUUUGCAAUUUGUAUUCUCUCUUUAUGCAAAUGAUGGCCUGACUAUCACAGUGAGGACAAUAUUCCCGUUGCUGAGCUGCUUCUUUUCAUACGUGAACGCGUGGAUGACAUUGAUAUUAAAUGAGGACAUCAGGAGGAAAAUCCUAUUAUUAAUCCAAUGUCGUCCUCUACAGCGGAAGGUGAGUCAGAGAACGAACGUUUUAUCACAUCAAAGAUUUCUUCUAGUUUAA